AUGAAUGCGACUAAAGCAAACUGUAAGGUUGCGAAAAACUCGGGUCCUUCGCAGCCAUCGCAGCGGGCAAGAAACCGCCUGUCGCCAAACAUGCUCGUCUCAUCACUUGGUAGUCACUUCAUCUGCAGGGGUGAAAGCGAUUUGCAGUCCCUAGAGGUUGGCGACAGUGUUCCUGUGUCCCAGCGAAGGGAGCUGGAUCUCGGAGAGGAAAGUGUUUCACAAAUCGCAGCUCUUUCUAAUCAGCACGAAAAUUGCACUGGAGAGAUCUCUUCUGACGGCGCAGUAAAGCAAACAGCGGUGUCGUCAGUGAUGGACGAAGUAGCAGUUUUGAAUUACCUUGGACCUCAUCCACAGAUUGUUCGGUUUCUGGGUAGCUACACAACAUCAAAGAACACGAGCUUUUUCACCAUGGAGUUAAUGGACAGCGAUGUUGGACGGGAGCUGAGGGAAGGUAACGCAGCCCUGAACGAGGAAAGCGUGUGUGCUGCCAUUGCGUACUCUGUUUUACUCGCGCUAGAGCAGAUGCAUUCGCACGCUGUAGCGCACCGAGACGUCAAGCCUGGCAAUAUUUUGCUGAAACGUCUCACCGAAUCCGAAGAAUGGGCGUGCAUCUGGCUAUCAAAUGACGACCUCGGUGCAUCUCUACUGACAAAAUCGUCCUCCGGAUCAGCUCGUCACCCGACACUUUGCACGCGCAACGCUGCAUCGUAUGUCAAGGCUGCAUUGGGUGAUUUUAGCGCGGCCCACAGCACCCGUUGCACAGACGACGCGGCUUUCGCCGACACUCGUGGAACUCUUCACUACAAAUCACCUGAGCAACUCAUGGGCAAGCGUCACCUCCUCUCGGAAAACGUUGCUGCUGUGGACCUGUGGGGGCUGGGUUGCACCCUUUACGAAAUGGCCACCGGCGCGCGACCUUUCCCGGGUAGCAGUGAGCUGCAGGUACUCAUGAGUAUGUUAGAUGCUAUGGGAAGCGACAUUCAGUCCUUUCCCGUGUCGACCAGGCACGCCACGCUCUUCGACGAAAUUCCCGCAUCGCCCGCGUUCGUCAACUUUUUACAGCGCCUUCUCUGCCUCGAUCCGGCGCGACGCUGCACCGCGACGGAGGCGCUGCGCCACCCGUUUGUUGCCCCCAUUCGCGACAGCGCCGAACACCAAAUCCCGACCGAUUGUCGACAGCGCGUAAUCGGAAUCCCGCUGGCGCUCAAGUACGCGUCUUUCACGCACAUUCCCGAGCUCCGCUUUACUCGCAUUUCUCAGACCCCGUUGAAAGCGAUGGACUCGACCCCUACAGGGCUCAGCGCCCCUCAGCAAGCUGUUUACAGCCGGCGUGUUGUGCCUCCACCUGCUUCAGACGCUGGAGCGGCGACUCUCUCCGUUGCUGCUGAGCGCGAGGUCAUCGCUCCACCAAGAUCCGAGUACCGAGACACGCAUCCCUGGGGCGAUGGACCAGCCACUACGGCAUGGGGGCAAGAAGUGGAUUGUGAGGACCAUGAGGAAAAGGAGACACCAUCGAAGAAACCGCCGCCGCCGCAUUGCUCAGACACCACGGGGACUUCUUUCCUGAGCGAGAGUUCGUACCUGCACUGGAGCGAAAUUCGCCCCAUCGUGCGGCCUUCUGCGCCUCCGCAGGUAUACUCGCUGCCGAAACCGCUCCAGCACAAGGACGACAAAGCACGGAGUAGCAGCGGUAGCAGAGCAGUGGCGUUUUUUGGAAAUGCCACCGUUGGCAGCACACCAUCCCCAACCAUACGUGGGAAUAACCUGCAGCAACAGCUGCAAUCCCUUUCGGGAUCAAAGCAUCGCACCGCCGCGAUUGAAACCCAAAACACUGUCUCACGCGUCCUCAACAUCAGCGACUCGAGCGUAAAAGGUGUGCGGGCAGAACGCAGUGCGUCACACGUCGACUUUGAUCUCAGCCCCGUCCCAGCUACUCAGCUUUUCAGCACGGAGGCCGACACGAGUGCGUUUCUAGUACCGCACCCAGCCGCCACUUUCCUGCCUCGCCGUGCGCAUCCGACUCUACAGCUACCAAACGGCAGCACCUUCACGGCAAGCAACCUGCGAGCCAACUUGUCCUUCGAGCACGAGAACCUUAUGGUAGGCUGGUACGGCAGCAAUGGAGCACCUACGUCUGCCGCACUCGGCGUCGCCAGUUCAACCAGCGCCAUCCUUGCAGGCCAUUGCAGUACUCCGCUCCAGCACCGCGGACGGCGCUCAACCGCCUUCUCUGGCCGCGCGCUUUGCUUUUCGGAAGAGAUGGAUCCCUUCGCCCGCCGUAGCUGGGGCUCUAGUGCUGGCCAGCAGAGCUGCCUGAACUCGCUCUUGACAUCCCCGGCCCCUGUGGGGCGAGCGGUGGCCGAAGAAUGUUCACCACAGCCGUCGCCUAUUUGCCCUGUUGAGGUCGCUACACGGUCGCCGUCAGGGUUGCCUGUUGUGGCUGACCGCAGCGGCUUGUCUUUGGACGAUUCUGGCGUAGGCCUGGGGUGGAUUGGGGUGCCCCCAGCGGUUGCGGCAGUGCAAGCGAGCAUCUGCGGUGACGCCUCUGAAGCGGCGGCGGCGGCGACGGUGCCGGCACUGGUGUGCGAUGUCAGUAGAGGUGCAGAGGCAAGUGCAGCGGUGGCGCCGAUGUUUUGCUCGGCACACCUCCAGCCUUCGUGGAAUGCAGGCCACCUCAUGGCGUCCGGCAGCGCGCAGUCUUCAAACUCGCCGUCGGCGCACCACCUAAAGUCACCGCCUGAUGGCUGCCCGCGCAGCCCUGCGUGCUCUACUGUCGCAUCGGCAACAGCCGUAACAUCUAUCGCUGUAGCUGAUCAACCAGAGGCACCGUGCAGCAGCCAACUGCGGCGGCCAACGACAAGCCUCCCUUUGACUGGCGCCAGAGACGUAUCGAGUUCGCGGACGCUGCCACUGCCGAUCCCGCUCUCGGUGGCCACUGUCCGCCAGCCGGUAUCGCCGUCGCUCUGCACACCGACGCUACGAUCGCGCACGCCAACCAACCGCGCGCUCCAUGAGACGCCACUCACACAACGCUUCUCUUGUCCUACGUCUACGCUGCGGACAGGGCGCACUGGCCAUAAGAACGGCCAUCUGUGGGACAGCUCGAAGCCACUGGGUCCCCCCACGUCUUGCGUGAACAGCGGUGAUACUCCCAUCGCAUCUUCGUUCUUGUGCCAUCGGGAUAUAAAUGUACCAGCAACUCAUCUGACGCACAGAGGCUCCAUGAGCGUUGGCUUGCCAGGAUCUGGCAGUGGUGCCGCACCGGCACUGCUGGGCGCGGCCGCGACGUCGCCGGACUUACUGGCUGUGUUUACCUACUCCUCCCAGUAUCACUGCACGCCGUCGUCAAGCUGCCCUGCACCUGAGAGUGCUCUGCCGACCAGGGGCGAUGGUUCCCACCACCCAGUAGCGGCGAUUGAGGCCUCUUCAAUGCCUACUGCCACUGUCGUGCGUGCAUUGGAGAAAGAGUCUUCCACAGGGGGCUCACACACGCCGCUGUCUGGGCAUGGCUCCGCAUCGCCCCCCUCGCGACGUUGCGAUGUUCCAUUGCUCCAGCUGAACCCCGCCAGCCUUGGCCGAAACCUCCAGUCAGUGAAAGGCCACGAGAGUGAGUGCAUCGAGACGUCACAGAGCAAGCAACGUGGGUCCAUGAAGCGAGCGCGCGAGGAGGCUAUGAACAGCGAGGACGUAGCCGCGGUGCGGCAGAGCGCGCGGGUGGUGUGA